CCAGUGAGAGCAGUGGGAGGGGGAUAAGAGGCCGAGCGACCAGGAUAUUCUCACAGGAUGUGAUGGCUGGACGGCAGCCGAAGACGCUGCGAUGUGGAGGGAAGAGUCAGCUGAUAGAAAGGUUUUCACUUGUGGCGUUGCUAUCGAUCGGCGAGUGGGUGUGUGGGGAUGUGAAAUCAACAUGGUCAGGAGGCUCUGCGAAGAUUAGUCAUCAGCUGAAAGUGAGCACCAUGGCCGCCUUCCAGCUGCUCUUCCUGCUGUUGGUCGGCUGCACGGCGGCGUCCGCACGUCCUCCACGACACCUCCCUCCAUGCCAAGUUGUCCAGAUGGAUGUUUUCUGCAGCGAUCUGAGCCUCAGAAGCGCACCGCUUAACCUUCCUCAAGGCGUCCAAAUGCUGGACCUUUCCCGAAACCAGGUGCAAAAUCUCACCCAGGAAACUCUGGCGUACCACACCGGCCUUCACCACCUGAACCUCCACUCCAACAAGAUCCAUUUCAUCCAGCCGGGACUCUUCAAAGACAUGACGGACCUGAGAGUCCUGGAUCUGUCCAGGAAUCACUUGAAUGUUUUUGCACACUCCAAAGUAAACAUCGGACCUCUUACAGCUGUGGAGUCACUAGAUCUUUCAAGCAACGGGCUGUACACGGGGAUGUCGGACUUCUUCCUUGCUGAAUCACCAUCGCUGACAAACCUUUCCCUGAACAGCAACAGCAUCACCAAAAUAGCACAAAACACCUUCAGCGGAUCCAUGUCCUUGAGGAAAAUUAGCCUCCACAAUAAUGUCAUCUUGGAGAUCGAAGACGGAGCUUUCGACUCCUUAGAUCAUCUGGCUGAACUUGAUUUGUCCAAGAACUCGAUCACAUGCAUCACAGACUUCAACCUCUACAACUUAGAGGUGCUCAAUCUCAGCAAGAACAGCAUGGAGCUUUUCCACAGUGCACAGUCAUCGUCCGAUUUCUACAAACUCGUCUCUCUUGAUCUGAGUGAAAACAAAAUGCUCUACUUUCCUCUUCUUCCGGGGAACAAUGUGCUUGAAUAUUUGGAUGUUUCACGAAACCAUCUCCAGAGUGUCAACGUCACAGGAAGCCCGGAAAAACAGGCAAACUUGAUUUUUAAUCAGCUCAGAUACCUGGACAUGAGCUACAACCACCUCGAAAGCAUACCAGAGUGUUUCUUUUACUGCAUGGGAUCACUCGAGGUCCUGAAUGUGAGCAAUAACUGUAUCAGCUCGUUUUCUGUCAGCAACGAAGGCCUCCUCCAGAGAGUAAAGAUCAUCAAUCUCAGCAAUAACGCACUAAAAAGUUUGACUUUUGGUGACAACACUUUGCAGUCGCUGGAGCAGCUCUUCUUACAAGGAAACGACCUCACAACGCUGGAUCAUCAAAUAUUUCAAAGACUCCCUAGUAUCACACACCUGCAGCUCCAGCAGAACAACGUGAAAAUCUGCAAGCAAAACCAGCAUGAACUAACAGACACAACCCACCAGGCUUCUCCCGACUGUGUGUCCUUUUCUUCUGUUCAAAAUUUGCAGUAUCUGUACCUCUCUGAAAACAAUCUGAGGACUUUGCCUGCAAAUGCAUUCAUGGACACCCCUCUGAAGUUACUGGAUGUGUCCCUGAAUCCAGGUUUGGACAUGAACAAAGACUCCCUGUCUGGUCUGGAGCAUUCGCUGGUUCAACUCAUCCUUCGGGAAAACAACAUUUCCAGCCUAAACACAGAUCUGUCCUCACUGACGAACCUCAAACAUGUCGAUCUGUCCACCAAUCAGCUAACCACGCUGCCCACGUGGAACAAGGAGUCCUCCAUUGAGUCCCUAAACCUGCAAAACAACAACCUGGUCACGCUGGAGUACAGCACCAUGAUCGCUCUGGAGCACUCGCUGAAAACCCUCUACAUGGGCUCCAACCCUUUGAGUUGCUGCAGCAACCUCGGCUUCCUCCACAUGGUGCAGCACUCGGCAGUGGUCGUCCCCGACAUCGAGACUGUGACCUGCGUUUAUGAGGAAUAUUCAGAGCCGGUCAACAUCGGGAAGGUGACCAAGGAGAUGUGUCAAGGACCGGACAUUCCGAACUACGUCAUUGUUGUUGUCGUGACAUUGUUAGUUGUGAUGAUUGUGUUGGGGCUGCUGGUUAAAUGUUGCCACUUGAGGAAACGAAAACACAACAGAAGCUUCAGUGCAUAAUGAAGGCUAUGAAGGAAUUUAUAUCUUCAAUUUCUGUACAUGAAACAUUUUAAAAUGUGAAUGUAGCGUCUGUGGUGCCACCCAAAGUCUUCCGAAGGGCCAAUUUAAAGCCUUGAUUUGGGUUUACCACUACGAAAAACAACCACUGACAAGCAAAAACGCGCCUUAAUAUCUCCGACAUGAAGUAAAAUGAACAAAUUAUAUCGAAAUCAGAACUUCCUGCGGAAAAUAUUCACCUUGAACUUUUAAAGACUGUAUAAAUUGGCUUGCAGCAUCUGGUUGCUAUUUGAGGAACUGCAACUUUAGACUCUUGUGGUGUGCUCAGACAGAACUGGAGGUGAGAUUGCAUGAAAGGCUGGUUUUGAAAAAAACAAACGAGUGCAGUGUUAAUUUGCUGGGGGUGGCGUAAUUUUUUGUGCAAAGUGAGUAUACGUUUUUUAAAACUUGUGCAAAAAUGUGUGCUUUACCUUCGGCUUCAUGACGCUACACAAGAGACGGGAAGAAAGAUGCAGAGCAAAUGGAAAAAACAGAAAUAUUCUGUAGAGGUCAUACGUUGGAUGUUGAAGGCAAAUAAAGGGACCAGUUUCCUCAAAUUUCUGUCUCAACACACCUUCAUGGCUAAUGAAGCAGAGUUUUUUGCAUGCUUUUAGUAGUGAACCACAUGCUGCACAUCAGUUUAUUGAAUAUUUAUUGAAUGUAAAAUGAAGUAUCUACACUAAAACACUUCCACCUGACAGCAACACAGACAGAAAUGACUGAAAUGCAGCAAUAAAAUGCAGUAAAGUGAAUGUUUGACAUGUUGGAAAAUAGACUUCUACUUAACAGUAACAUGGAAAAACUGACACCAGUCUCACGUGUGUAUGAUAAAUAUGAAGAUAAAAUAAGCAGCCAUGUAGCUUAACUUAGCACAAGCACCCGAAACAAGGGAAUAAUUACCUAGCAGCAACUUUAGAGCUCACUUUCUAAUGUUGUAACUCACAUGCAAUACUUAAGUGUAAAUAUAGCAUUGUGUUGUUUCAAAGUUUUUAGUUUUUAGUGCACAUUAAAGCAAUGAUGUGUUAAUUAGUGAGCUUUAGAGAUGCUGCCAGUUAGAUUAGCUUUGAACAGACAUGGCUAGGCUAGCUACUUUCAAUCUUUGGUGCGUUCCAUUUGAACUUAAUGCUGGAAUUCCUGAGUUCACAGUUGGAAAUUCCAGUUGGAACGCUGCCUGUUGUCAGCUAUCUGGCUCAGAAAAUUAGAAGAAAUCAACAGUAGUGACAGCAAUGCAGUGUUUAUUAGCACUUCUGUUUUAUCUGUGUCUCAUUAUAUUAGCCGUACACGUGGUACUGUCCAACUUCCAUUUGGCCAUGUUUCCAUAUGUUACCCACAUUUUAAAAUAUUGCUUUUGAAAAAGCUAAUGGAAACUACAAACUUGAAAAAGAACGACAAAACCUAACUUCUCAAAACGUUUUUUACACUCUCUUGAGGUGGUUUUUGAGUUUUUCAAAAACAGUUAAAUCACAUUACUGCAGAUUGUUUUCAUGUCCGGACAACAUGAAACAGGACCAGUACCAGCUGACGUGAAACAAUAAGUAGAACUUUUUAAAUUGAAAGCAAUCUUAAAGGAUUCUUUCAAUUGCUUUUCUCGUAGAUGGACAAAAUUUUGUUUUUACCUUAAGGUGUUAGCAAACCAAUGGUUUGUUUCCGGUUUCUUCUGCUCUGAUUAUUACUUAGCCUAUACCACCACACUACCCUAGUUUAUUGGUUACAAAGUAGUUAAUGGAAAAUAAAUUAAUUCAUAUUUACAAUUUUUUUUUUUGCAACAUUUUAAAAGCUUACUUCAAAUUUGAUUUGUAUCUUCCGGAAACUCAGCUUCGUAUCAUAUGGAAAGACAAAAUACCAUAUACAGUUGUUGUCAACUGGUACUGCCGUGCGUGCGGCUAACAAUUGCUACCCUCACAGCAAUAGUUUGCCUGAACAUUUCGGUUUUUGGAUUUCGUGUGUUUAGACUUAGUCGACUUACAGCGCAACUUAGCAUAAAUGCUAAGUGAAGCCAAGCUAAAUGCUCGCUAGCUUCACUGUUACCAUGCAGACAUGAUGGUGUAACCCAUUUCCUCAUUCCAUUUCACACAUUUUAACUUGAAAGCGAACCAGUAUAUCUUCCUAAAUUUUGCAUUCAAGGGUUGAAUGAGGUAAACAAGUGACUGAGACGACAGAAACUUUUACAGACUGAAGAAACAUCAACAGUCAGGAGGGGAUUUCUACUUUAAGCUAAAAAAUGAAGAAAGUAACACUAGCAAAGGUUGUGAAACAAAACAUUCUUUAUUCAUUAAGUAAGACUGAGGUGUUUUUUUAAGUAAUCCAACCAGUUUCUUUAACCUUCAUGUAGUUUGCACUUUAAACUUCCUCUUGUUUGUGUGAUUGUAUCUUGUGACACUAAAUUAACAUGUAAGAGCUGAGUAAUACUGUUAGAAUUCCACACAGAGCAUAUGUCAAUAUAAUUUAUUCUUUAUUUACUAUUAAAAAUUAAGCUGGACAUGUUACACAGUAUGUUUUCCAUGUUGAUCCCCGGUCCAUGGUGCUCCUUUUAUUAAUCUGACAUAUUUUGGAUGAAACUGACAGCAAGACGAAGCACUGAUGUGAAUAACUGUGAUACUCCGAUAUAGAAGUACAGUAUACAUGUUGUAUAUGUUUUUAACAAAUAAAUAAAAAUCCAGUGCUGUCUUGUAAUGGGCUACUCUGGGAUCCACAGUUUCAUGUGUUUUCACUGUGUUUAAACCUAAAACCACAUUUUUAUAUCAUUGUUAUCUACAAGUCAUGCUUGUAAUGUUUUUUUUUUCAUUCUAUCAUGUAACAGUUACAGUUUUGUAUCAAAUGAAGGAAAUUUUCUAAACUCUGUGUUUGUCAUUUGUUGUAAACCUCGAACACUUGGUUCAUGUCAGCCUAUUAUAAUGUAAAUAUUUAUAGUAUGUGUAGAUUUCAGCAGGUUUAACUGGUUUCCUGUGGCAAGGCACACAUUAAUAUUAACAUUUCAGUUCUUGGAGUGCACUUAACGUUUUGCUUUCUUUACUUUGUGUUUUUUUUUCUUGCCAUUUUUGCCUUUUUUUAAUUAGAUAUAAAGUGAAAAAUGUGGGAAAAUAUAACAGGGGAAUGAUUUUUAAUAAAGGUCCAGGCUGGCUGGAAUUUAAACCAGGAACUCA